AUGGCGUUUGAAAGAAAAAUGAAACCAACCAAAGAGCAAAGGGAGACGCUAAAGACACUGAUUGUUGGGAUUAUAUCACAUUCGGUGAAGGAAAAUGCGGCAUCCACGGAAACAAGAAAUGCAUCGAAGAAAUGCGUUCAAACAACGAAACUGCAAAUAUACGCUAUCGUAGUUGCAAAUGUACUAUCACCGGAUUCUGGAAGACACUACAUUCAUGCUAUUGUCGAAGGGCUGAUCCCUCUAAUUGCUUAUAGAAAUCUAUACAAAUUUCGGCCAAUCAAUACCAAGACAUAUUCACUGAUAAACUCAAAAAGAAAAUUGGGUUAG